GCAUCCCUCUCCCCCUCCCCACCAUGCCGCCGCCUCCCAUCUCAGGCGAGAUCCGGCGGGCGGCGAUGAAGCGCCCCGCCCUGCUCGCCGUCCCCGCCCUCCUCCUGCUCUCCCUCUCCUUCCUCCUCCUCAGGCCGUCCUCUUCCCCGCCCCUCCUCCCCUCCGCGCGCACCACCGACCACGACCCCGGCCACCGCCGCCGCCUCAGCGUCUACGUCGCCGACCUCCCGCGCGCGCUCAACCACGGCCUGCUCGACCUCUACUGGUCGCUCCCGGCCGCCGACGCCCGCAUCCCGGCCUCCUCCGACCCGGACCACCCGCCGCCGCGCGACCACCCGCCCUACCCCGCCAGCCCCCUCAUCCGGCAGUACAGCGCCGAGUACUGGCUCCUGCGCUCCCUCCUCGGCCCCGCCGCCCCCGCGUCCGCGGUGGUGAGGGUCGUCGCCGACUGGAGGGAGGCCGACGUCGUGUUCGUGCCCUUCUUCGCCACGCUCUCCGCGGAGAUGGAGCUCGGGUGGGGCGCCACCAAGGGCGCCUUCCGCAGGAAGGAGGGGAAUGGUGACUACCGCCGCCAGCGGGAGGUCGUCGACCGCGUUACCGCCCACCCGGCCUGGCGCCGGUCCGGCGGCCGCGACCACGUCUUCGUCCUCACAGACCCUAUGGCAAUGUGGCAUGUCCGGGCGGAGAUUGCUCCAGCAAUUCUACUGGUGGUUGAUUUUGGCGGCUGGUACAAACUCGAUUCAAAAUCUGCAGGCGGCAACUCUUCAAAAAUGAUACAGCACACUCAGGUGUCAUUGCUCAAAGAUGUCAUUGUGCCUUACACACAUUUGCUCCCUACCCUGCACCUGUCAGAAAAUAUGGAUCGCCCCACUCUUUUGUACUUCAAGGGAGCCAAACACAGGCAUCGGGGUGGUUUGGUGCGUGAAAAACUGUGGGACUUGAUGGUUAAUGAGCCUGAUGUUGUCAUGGAAGAAGGUUUUCCUAAUGCCACAGGACGUGAACAAUCAAUAAAAGGGAUGCGGACAUCAGAAUUUUGCUUGCACCCAGCUGGGGACACCCCAAGUUCAUGUCGUCUGUUUGAUGCCAUUGCAAGUCUUUGCAUACCAGUCAUUGUCAGCGAUGACAUUGAGCUUCCUUUCGAAGGGAUGAUAGACUACACAGAAUUCUCCAUUUUUGUGUCAGUCGGUAACGCAAUGAGACCCAAAUGGCUAACGAACUACCUAAGGAAUAUCUCCAAGCAGCAGAAGGAUGAAUUCAGAAGAAACCUGGCUGGAGUCCAGCAUAUCUUUGAGUACGAAAACACUCACCAAAGUAGCAAGGUCUCUGCCCCAGAAGAUGGUGCUGUGAACCACAUUUGGAAGAAGAUUCAUCAGAAGUUGCCGAUGAUUCAAGAAGCGGUCAUCCGUGAGAAGCGGAAGCCUGAAGGCGCAUCAAUCCCACUUCGGUGCCAUUGUACCUGACCAUCUCUCUUAGUCGCUGAUCCUCAACGAAAAGCUCAGCUGACUGCAAGUCAAUUAAUUUUUUUCCCCUGGUAGUUGCAAAUAUGAGCAUGUAACUGUAGGCAGAUACUUCUUCAUCCUUUUUGCACUAUUUAGGAAUGAUUUCCCAUAUUGCUCGAUGAGCUGUUGUACGGGGUUUGUUUGUUCACUGAAGAAAUUGUCCAUUUGAAACGAAUUGCGAAGGCUGGAUACGGAUUGAUGUAUAUUGGUACAAAUUGUUGAAAACAAAUGUUUACCUA